UCCCGCGCUCUGCGAGGGCACAUCAGGCUCGAUUCCAAGCCGGCGUUUUGCCUCAAGCAGCUGUCUGCGCAUAGUCCUGACGCUCGUUAUCUCUACGAUGUGGAGCUUCUCCACUCUUUUCAGUGCGACAUCGUCAAUUGCGCCAGUCCCCAUCGUGGGUGUGAAUCGCGUGGCGGUAGAAUGUGCAAUUUUUGUGUGCCCUGCUUCCUCCUACCCUCAUUCUGCAACCGCGAGGAUAAGAGGUAUUGCUGUGAACGCGGAUUCACCGAUGCAUUAAUUGGGGACUUUGUUUGGGAUAUGAAGGUGAAGCGAGCGCGAUCCUACUCCAUCCGGAGAUACAACCGACUUCACCAGAUACAAGAGAGGAGGGAUUGCAUACGAGGAAGGGGCACACAGGAGUGA